UUUUUUUUUUAAUAUUAUUAUUACAUUCUAUUUUUAUUUUUUAUUUUUAUUUUUUUAUUGAACAGUAAAACUCAUUUUAUAAAUUAUGUUGGUACUUCCUGGCACUUCUGCUCUUUCACCUUCCAAGAGCACUAGUGUUUUGAAAGCUAUUCAAAAGACGAUCCCUUUAGCUAUUUCUAUUUCCGCUAUAUAUGUUCAUUUUGUACAAGCUCGUCCAGGACAACAGGAUAGUUUAGAUGUUUCAUCUGAACGAGGACAGAUUUUACGUAACUUAUUGACAUAUGGUUAUUAUCCUUUAGAUAAUAAAGAAAGAGAUGCAAUUAUUUCCUUCUUGGAUACAAAUAUGGCGACACAUAGUUCAGUUGUGCUUGUUUUGCCUCGUGCUGGUACUAUCUCCCCUUGGUCAUCAAAGGCAACUAAUAUAGCUCAUCUCUGUAACCUUUAUGAUCAUGUUGAACGUAUUGAACGAGGAAUUGCUUAUCGUAUCACUAAACAAGACGGUACACUUCUUUCUUCUGAAGAAUUAUCUUCUAUCAUGGAUUUGAUUCAUGAUCGUAUGACACAAACCAUCUCCUUAUCUAUACCUGAAUCCGAAAGCAUCUUCCAUCAUGGUACUCCCGCUCCAUUAACUGUUGUCGAUUUGAUGUCUCAAACGAAUGAUGCUCGACAAACACUUGUUCAUGCCAAUAAGGAAUUGGGCUUGGCCUUAGCUGAAGAUGAAAUUGAUUAUUUGAUUGAUGCCUUUGUAGGUAAGGACGGUAAAUCGGGACUUCAACGUAAUCCUACAGACGUCGAGCUCUUUAUGUUUGCUCAAGUCAACUCAGAACAUUGUCGUCAUAAGAUCUUUGGUGCUGAUUGGACCAUUGAUGGUGAAUUGAAACCACAUUCACUUUUCGCCAUGAUUAAAAAUACACACAAGGUUCAUCCAGAUGCUACUUUGUCUGCUUAUUCUGAUAAUGCGGCAGUUCUCAAGGGCUUUAGAGCUACUCGUUUUGCACCUAAUGGUUCUCAUGUAUAUGAGCCAUUACAAGAAGAUGUUCAUUAUCUUGCAAAGGUUGAAACUCAUAAUCAUCCUACUGCUGUAUCACCAUUUCCUGGUGCAUCUACUGGUUCAGGUGGUGAAAUUCGUGAUGAAGGUGCAGUAGGUCAAGGAUCAAAACCUAAAGCUGGUCUCGUUGGCUUUACUGUUUCCAAUUUAUUAAUCCCUGAUAACAUUCAACCUUGGGAAACAGAUUUUGGUAAACCUAGUCACGUUGCUUCUGCUUAUGAUAUCAUGAUGGAAGCUCCUCUUGGUGGUGCUGCGUUUAAUAAUGAAUUUGGUCGUCCUGCAUUAACAGGUUAUUUCCGUACAUUUGCUGAAACCGUACCCGUUACAGAGACUACCUCUGAAGUACGUGGCUAUCAUAAACCUAUCAUGAUUGCAGGUGGUGUUGGUACUAUUCGUCCUACACAUGUUCAUAAGAGGCCUAUUGCUCCUGGAUCUCAUCUCGUCGUCUUAGGUGGUCCCGGUAUGUUGAUCGGUUUAGGAGGUGGAGCAGCCUCCUCUAUGGCAUCCGGUCAAUCAAGUGCUGAUUUAGACUUUGCUUCUGUACAACGUGAGAAUCCUGAAAUGCAACGCCGAGCACAAGAGGUCAUUGAUGCCUGUAAUGCUCUAGGUGAAGAUACCCCUAUUGAAUCUAUUCAUGAUGUAGGUGCCGGUGGCCUCUCAAAUGCUUUACCUGAAAUUGUUCAUGACAGUGAUUUAGGUGCUGAAAUUGAUUUGCGUAAGAUUCCCUGUGAUGAUGCCUCGAUGUCCCCCAUGGCUAUCUGGUGUAAUGAAUCGCAAGAACGUUAUGUAUUGGCCAUUGCUCCCAACAAGUUGAGCCAAUUUGAAGCAUUCUGCGCUCGUGAACGAUGUCCCUAUGCCGUUGUAGGCACAGCCACUGUUGAGAAACGCCUUAUUGUACGAGAUAGUCUGUUGAAUAACGUACCUAUUGAUUUACCUAUGCCAGUUCUUUUUGGUAAACCCCCAAAGAUGUCUCGUAAGACAACCUCUGAACGUCCCUUCCGUAGACCCUUCGAUACAACUCUCAGGACUUACCUCCCUGGUCAACAUAAUGUCCUUGCUGAAGCUGCUUCACGUAUCCUUCAUUUACCUUCUGUUGCCUCCAAGUCCUUUUUGGUGACAAUCGGGGAUCGUUCAAUUACAGCCAUGGUAGCCCGAGACCAGUUUGUAGGCCCCUGGCAGGUCCCUGUUGCAGACGUGGCUGUAACUACGACAUCAUUAGGCUUUGAUAUUGUAACAGGUGAGGCCAUGGCAAUGGGUGAACGCACACCUAUCGCUCUCGUUUCUCACGCUGCUUCAGCACGUAUGGCUGUUGGUGAAGCUCUCACUAAUCUUGCAGCUGCUUAUGUGAGUGAUAUCAAGGAUGUGAUUAUGUCUGCUAAUUGGAUGUCAGCCGCUGAUCAUACAGGUGAAGGUGCUGGUCUUUAUGAAGCCGUGCAAGCUAUUGGUCUUGACCUUUGUCCCAAAUUAGGAAUUGCUAUCCCUGUUGGUAAAGAUUCAAUGUCGAUGAAGAUGAAAUGGCAAGAGGCAGGUGAAUUCAAGGAGGUCACAGCCCCACUUUCCUUGAUUAUCACUGCUUAUGGUCCUGUUGUUAAUACCCAUCAUACCUGGACCCCUCAGUUGUUGAAUAAGCCUAAAACUGAACUUAUCUUUAUUGAUUUGGCUCAUGGCAAACAACGUAUGGGUGGUUCCGCUCUUGCUCAAGUCUUUAAGGAAAUUGGUAACGAAGCACCUGAUGUAGAAGAUGCUGAUCUACUAAAGAACUUCUUCAAUGGUAUGCAAAAGUUAAAGGAAACAACAAGUAAUGAUGUUGAACCUCUUGUGUUGGCCUAUCAUGAUCGAUCAGACGGUGGGUUGUUUACUACUGUGGUUGAAAUGUGUUUUGCUGGUCACGUAGGUGUAGAUAUUGAAUUGGACAACAUUGUGAAUGAUGAUGAUGAUGAUAGAGAUGUUGUUCGUGCACUUUUUAAUGAAGAAUUAGGUGCGGUUGUUCAAAUCAAAUCAAAUCGCUAUGAAGAAUUUGUAAAUGUGAUGAAGGAAGCAGGUGUCCCUGUAAAGGCUUUGCACAAGAUAGGUACUGUUACAGAACAUACCGAUAAAGAUAAUAUCAAUAUUCUACUUGGUGAAGAAACAAUUUACAGUGCCUCUCGCAUUGAUCUCUACCGAGCCUGGUCCAAGACUUCUUAUUUGAUGCAAGCUGCUCGUGAUAAUGCUUCCUGUGCUCAACAAGAAUAUGAUGCUGUUCUUGAUCCUCAUGAUCCUGGUCUCCAAUAUCAAUUAACAUUUGAUCCUGCUGAAGAAUUAGCUCUCACCUCUUGCAACAACACUAGAGGUCGCCCUCGUGUAGCUAUCUUACGUGAUCAAGGUGUAAACGGGCAGAUUGAAAUGGCCUUUGCCUUCCAUUUAGCUGGAUUUGAAGCAGUAGAUGUCCACAUGACUGACAUUAUCUCUGGUAAAGUGAGUUUGAAGGGCUUUGUGGGUAUUGCAGCUUGUGGUGGUUUCUCGUAUGGUGAUGUCCUUGGCGCAGGAUCUGGUUGGGCUCGUACCAUUUUAUUGAAUGAACAUGCACGUGCUGAAUUUGCUGAAUUCUUUAGUCGAGAGAAUACCUUUUCAUUAGGCGUCUGUAAUGGAUGUCAAUUCUUGAGUCAAUUGGCUGAACUUAUUCCUGGAGCAGGAAACUGGCCUCGUUUCGCUCGUAACGAAUCUGAACAAUUUGAGGGUCGUACAUCGCUCUUGAAGAUUCAAAAGGAAACCAACUGUUUAUUCUUUAAAGGGAUGGAGGGUUCUAUUUUACCUAUCGCUGUUGCACAUGGUGAAGGUAAAGCUACUUUCAAGUCUGACGCUCAAUUCAAACAAUUUGAGUCACAAGGUCUUAUUGCUGCAUCUUAUGUGGACCACUAUGGUAAUGUUACUCAAAAAUAUCCUUUCAAUCCAAAUGGAUCUCCACAAGGUAUUGCUGGUGCCACCUCCCCUGAUGGUCGUGUCUUGAUCAUGAUGCCUCACCCUGAACGUGUUGUAUUAAAAGAAAGUAAUUCAUGGUAUCCAUCAAAUCAGAACUGGGGUCAAGCAGGUCCUUGGUUAAGAAUGUUCUGUAAUGCACGCCAAUGGGUUGGUGAUAACUAUUAAAUAGUAUGUACAUUUUCGCUUUUAUAUAUAUCGAUAGAUAGAUAGAUAGAUAGAUAAACAGAUGGCAUUUUAUUCAUUUUAUAUAUUUAUAAAUAUUUAUAUAUCUAUUCUUAUUAUUCAUCCUUCUAUUAAUAAAUUAUGUAAUAUAAAUAUCUUA